AGCGCUUUGGGCUCAAGAGCUGCUGGCGCGAUGCGGAGCGGGCCGACCAUAUGAUCUACGAGGGAACACCAUACCUUCAGGAUGUCCGUCGAGGCCGACCUGGACGAGGCGCUCGCCAGGAGGGCGCCAAGGUGCGCCAUCUGCCUCGCGCUCUGCGCGCUGGUGUUCCACUGCCUCGCCUUCGCCGGCAACCUUAACGUCGCAUGGACAGUCAAGGACUUCGGCUCGGCAGCCGACGGCUGGUCCUCUGUCGGCCUCGGCUUCGCGGGCUCCCUCAGCACGGACCUCAACGGGCGCCUCCUCGACACCAGCGCGGCCAUGAUGCAGGCCGCGUCCGCGCUGGAGGAGCUGCACGACGCGCUCGGGGCCCUGGCGGAGAACGCCUCGGACGAAGGAGCCGGAGCGUCGCUGGCCGAGCUGCCCGAGGGCGCGGCGCCUCCCGCCGACUUCGCUGUCGACUUCCCCCUGCUGGCCGACCGGCUCGAGCGGCUCAUGGACCUGGUGAGGCCAGUGCUGCUGCAGGUGCAGGAGUGGCUGGUCUCCUUCGGGCCGGAGCUGAGCAAGGGCGCCUCCGACCUCAGCUUCGCGCUGGACGCCGUGCAGAAGAUCCUGGACACAGCCGUCUCCCACCUGCACGCCAUCGGUGGCAACGGCAGCGCGGAGGCCCAGGAGGUGCUGCUGCGGGACGCGUUUAACCUGUUCGAUGUCUCGAACACAGGCACGAUCACUCGGGAGGACCUGAAAAAUGUCUCUUCGAUGUACGGGGUCUCGGCGUUGGGUGGCAGCAAAGCCGACACUCUGAUCGACAAGUAUGAGCACGGAGGCGACUCCGAGCCAGGCGUUAGCCCUGAGGAGUUCGGGCUGCUGGUCGACGAUGAAGACGUCCCUGGGGUCCUCUCGCUCGUCAUGCGCACGUACGCCCGAAGACUCGCGCGGAUCUCGAAGCAGAUGUCGGCGGCCCGCACGCGCAGCGAUGUGGCAGAGUCUGUGGCCCAGUACGUGGCUCAGGUGAGCGUAGAGAAUAAUGCAACCAAGAUCCGCAGCGUCUUGGGCCCUCUCGCGAGGGGCAGCCUACCCCUCGAGCUGGCUGCUGACGUACUCGCGCACCUCGCCAUCGAAGCGGACAGCCCAGAGAAGCUGACCACAGUGGACGUGGGGGCUGUGGUUGUGGGCGCCAUGGCGACGCAGUCGGCCGAGCGCGUGGCGGAGGCGGCGGACCUGCUCUCGAACGCCUCGUACUGGGCCGCGCAGGGCUUCGAUCCGGACGUGCAGCCCAGCUGCGUGGAGAAGGUGGCCAAGUGGAUUGCCGGCGCGAAGGGCGGCCGCCCCGCCUCGGAGCUCUGGCUGUCGAAGUUGGUGGGCGGCCACCGCUCGCGGGGCAAGUUGCCAGCGGACCACACUGGCAGCACCUGGCCGGAUGGGCCGGCCGACGCGUCCGGCGAACUAGACGUCGACGGCGGCGACGAGGGGGCCUUCCUGCAGUGCCCAGGCGUUGUCGUGCCGGCGGCCUGCGCCGCGCCGGGCGCCGCCGGCGGGGAGCGGGCGGCGCUGGGCUGCCGCGAAGAGGGCGAGGAGGCUGCCCUGCUGCAGUCGCACCUGCACCGCCCCGCGGGGCGCCCCCAGCCGCAGCGAGGGCCCGCCCCCGCGCGGCAGGCGGUCGGGCCCGGCGAGGAGGAGGCCUCCUCGCGGCCUGGCGCGCCUGGCCAGCGGCAGUCGCAGCAGGACCGCCUGUGCACCGCCGCGGUGCGCCGCGUCCGGGACACCCGGCGCGGGGCGGAGGCGAGCGUGGCGCUCCAGCGAGCGCGGCGCUCGAGCCGGUGGCGGCGGCUCGCGCAGAGCGGGCACCCGCUCGCCGCCCUUUCGGGCGCCGUGGGGGUCGCCAACCCGGACGCCGCGCGGGCCACGGGCGGCGGCGGCGAGGCGCGGCCAGAGUCGCUGGAGUUCGCCGCGGAGCUCGCGAGGCGCGCGGGGGAGCAGGCGAAGGUUUACGAGGGCCUGUGCUUCGACUACAGCGCGGCCUCCAGCGGGGCGGUGGAGUCGGCCGCAAAGAUCGUGGAGGGCAUGAUGAGGAGGUUCAGCAGCUUCCUGAAAAUGGUGGAAAAGUACGCCUCCCCCAGGGCUGUUCGUCGGCUAGAGGACGUCCUCAACCGGACCGUGAAGGACCUGCGGUCCAAGAACUUCAGCGGCGUGGUCCUGCUUGAGGAGUCUGCCGCGGAGGGCAACGCGUCAUUCGACUACGCCGCGCUCGCCGACUUCAUCACCAGCUUGAAUUCGGCGCUCCCGUCGUGGAUAGACGCACUGAAGGAGGCGCGCGUGGAGGUGUUGUCCGUGUCGGCGACCAUGGAGUCGCUGUUCGGGGUCGUGCGGACGAAGGCCCCGCCCAUAUUCGAGCUGGUGGCGAAGUACUUCGUUCUCGCCGUCUCCGCGUACUUCGUCGUCUUCUUGGUGCUGACGCUCGUCAACCUGGCCUACGCCCUAUGGGCGUCCCGCCUCUGCGAGGGAGAUGUCGAUCGAGCUGCUGGCGAGGGAUUGCCCGAUCGCUUGAGGUCACGCUGCUGCAUCUCCUGUUGUUUUUUUUGUGACGACCACGAGGGGUGCUUCUGGUCCGCAAUCGUGCUCAUGGAGGUGCUGUGGCUGGUCCUGUUCUUUACCACGUUUGCGAUGCUGGUAAUCUUCGGCGUCAGGGCCUUCGUGGGCGCUGGGUGCAAGCCGAUCUAUCUGAUCGGCGACCAGGACGUGUGCGGCGACCGUCUCCACGUCGUUGGGGCCUUCCUGCAGAACCACAGCUGGGCCUUCGGGGACCACGCGAGCCUGGACCUGCCCAGCAGCUGCAGCGAUCAGAAGCUCCUGGUGUGCCAGAUGAUCCGCGAGAAGCUGUACUCGAGCAUGCUCGCCGCGGUGCUCGGCAACGUGCUCGCCGCGGCCGUCACCUGGCUGCUCAUCGUCGAGUCGGCGCAGCUCCACGAGCGCAGGCACCGCAGCACGCUGCUCCUGUCCGUGAUCGAGGGCAAGCCCGAGGACUGACCGGGGGCCCUGCCCGGGCCGCCGUGGCGCACCGACGCGGGGCGCGCGUGCUGCCUCGGGGGCGCCUGCGCUCUUCUCGCCCACCCUGAGGA